CAUGGCAAGUCCAAGAACCAGAAAGGUCCUUAAAGAAGUGCGAGUGCAAGACGAGAACAAUGUUUGUUUUGAGUGCGGUUCUUUUAACCCUCAAUGGGUGAGCGUGACCUACGGAAUCUGGAUCUGCCUGGAAUGUUCAGGGAAACACAGAGGCCUGGGUGUCCAUCUUAGUUUUGUGCGCUCCGUCACAAUGGACAAAUGGAAGGACAUCGAACUGGAGAAAAUGAAGACUGGUGGGAAUCGCAGAUUCCGGGAAUUUUUAGAGUCUCAAGAGGAUUAUGACCCUUGCUGGUCGUUGCAGGAGAAAUACAAUAGCAAAGCCGCCGCGCUCUUCAGAGAUAAGGUGGCUACAUUGGCCGAGGGUAAAGAAUGGUCAGUCGAAACAUCUUCUGCCAGAAACUGGACUCCACCUCAGCCUAAAGUUGCUUUGUCUUCAGCUCACCGAAGUUCUGCUGGACAACCCCAGAACGCUGGCGCCUCUUCUGACAAAGCCUUCGAAGACUGGUUGAAUGAUGAUGUUGGCUCUUACCAAGGUGGCCAAGAGAAUCGCUAUGUGGGGUUUGGAAACACAGUGACGCCUCCGAAAAAGGAAGAUGACUUCCUCAACAAUGCCAUGUCCUCGCUAUAUUCGGGAUGGAGCAGUUUUACCACUGGAGCAAGCAAGAUCGCUUCAGCAGCUAAAGAGGGUGCGACCAAAUUUGGAUCUCAAGCAAGUCAAAAGUUUUGGGGCCACAAACAGCAGGCAGAGCCGGCUUCAGAGUUAGGUCAGACUUUAAAUGAAAAUGUUCUCAAACCUGCACAGGAAAAGGUGAAGGAUGGGAAAAUCUUGGAGGACGUGACCCAGGGAGUCUCCCAUUUGGCUUCCAAGGUCCAGGGUGUAAGCACUAAAGGAUGGCGAGAUGUUACCACAUUUUUUUCUGGAAAAUCUGAUGAGCCUUCUGAAAGGGCACCUGAGGGAGACAGCUACCAGAACAGCAGUGGCGAAGGCUACCAGAACAACGCAGUAGAUCAAAGCUUUUGGGAGACCUUUGGGAACUCAGACCCUCCCAAGACCCACAAGUCUCCAAGCAGCGACAGCUGGACGUACGUGGACAAUUCUACCGAGAAGAAGAGCUCCGAUAGCUGGGAUGUCUGGGGGUCUGGGACAGUCUCCAAUAACAAGAACAGUAACAGUGACAGCUGGGAAAACUGGGAGACCAGUUGGGAGAACGCAGGAGGGGAGGGCAAAGCCAAAAAGACCCCUAGGAAGGCAACGAAAGAAUCUUCUUCGGCAGCCGAUGAAGCGUGGGACAGCCAGCACUGGUAGAACUUUGUCCCUGUCGGGUGUGGCUUUGUAAAAGAAGUCAUACCUCUGAUGGAAAGGUUCCCAACUUAGCAGGAUUAACACCCUUGUCAUUGGGGACCUGUUAAAACACACGCUUUAACUGUUCCAUUCUCUUUCCACUCCUGUUUACAACAACAAAGAGAACUGUUCGUCCGCAGAUUCUUGUAAUUACCAUACGAAGAUUUGUCUCUCCCAUGGAAAUGACUUUCCGCUGAUACACUCCCGCCAUGCUGCCACCGGACACGGGACAUGCCAGCUUGUCUAAAGCAAGCGUUUGAAGGACGCUGGUUUCACGCGAGCAUGCGUUCAUAGCACAAUCCUGCAUGUGUAGUUGUUGCAAGAUCAUCCGGCUUCUCUUUAGAACUUCUGGAGGGGACGAUGUUCGCAGUUUCUUCAGCGGACUGCACAUUAAUGAACUGGAAGCAAAUCUGCUGUGAAUCAAGCCAGGAUGGCGAUUAAGACACUGUUGAAACAGUUUUUUCAGAUUUAUCCAGGUUUGAAAUCAUUUAAAAAUUGCUUAUUCUCUCAGAAGAAACCGUUGAGCUUUUUCCUUGAGGACGUUUGGAGAGACAACAGAUUUGAUGAUUUUAUUCUUCCCGAAAGCAGAUUUUAGAGGAUGCGCUGUCAAAAGAUUCCCCCCUCCCCUUGAAACGGAAAAUACUUCAUCUCGUUUUCGUGCACGACGGGUUCCCUUUGCUGCUGAGGAUUUUAGCAGGACUGCCUGGCAUCUCAAAAGGUUAUCUUUGCGGAAAGAUCACCCAGCAGAGACCAGAUAUGCGAACGAGGUCAAACUGGAGCGUUCUGGAAGCGAAUCAUUGUUUGGGGGACAUCAUUCCAGUUUUCUAUUUAUUUGAGUCCUUCGAACCCAUUCAGUAAUGAAAUCGGUUUACAAGUUGCUUUACCUGAUUCCUCUGCCUCCCCUCCUCUUCCCCCCCACCCCUUAGAAAGUUAUCAUGUGAUCAGGUUGCAACUCUUACCGUGUUGUGUUGUGUCGCAUGAUGUGUUAGGCAGAUCCAGGUAUUUUCUUUUGACAGGGUUCUUCUGUAAAACAAGGCCCCCGAUGGCCGCGAUCAGA